AUGCCUAUCCCUAAUGGCUUAACUUGGUCUCUAAGGAAAAUAUGGCAUAAUAGAGAAGUCUUUCUUCAGGCUAAUGGAGUUGAUCUGUUUGUGCAGGCUGGAAAAUUUAGAAUUCAGAAAAUGUAUAAAUAUCUUCAUCCAUUUGGAGUACAGGUGGGAUGGAAGAGAUUGAUCUGUAAUAGUCAUGCUAGUCCAAAGAGUACAUUGAUAGCUUGGUUAGCAGUGCAGAACAGACUUGCUACAAAAGACAGAUUGAUAAGCUGGCAUCUGAAUAUAUAUGGUAUUUGUGGCCUGUGUCAGUUGGAAAAUGAAAGUUUGGAUCAUUUGUUCUUCUCUUGUUAUUAUUCUAAGGAGAUUUGGAGACAGGUUCUGAUCCAUCUAGGGGUGAGUAGAGCUGUGUUACCUUGGCAGGAAGAAGUCCAGAUUGCAGUGAAGAGAAGCAAAAGUAAAAAGAAGAAGGCUUGCAAGUAUAGUAUAGCUUUCAUUGAGUCAAUUUACUAUGUCAGUAAUGGCUGA